UUAUAUAAUAAAAUAGUUAAUCAUAGAUGGAGAAUAGUCCGAGUGAAGAAGAGUUCCGUCUCACAGCAGACAAGUUCAUUUUCUUAAGAAUAAACAAGAGCCCUAGUGAGUUAUCAUUAGACAACCAGACACAAGAGUUUAUUGUCAAGCUAAACUCUCAAUGCAUUGAAUCAAUGGUGGUUUUCAUCAGCCAUAUUUGUGAAGAGAUUGAUAUAAAGGGAAAAUUCAUGGAAGCAGUCAGAAUAGAGCAAGAGGAUAGAAGUGAGUCUGAAUUUAAUCUUCCGCUUACGAAAUAACCAGCUAAGGCUGUUUAAAAUGGCUCUUGACAAAGACUGGUUACCUUCUCCUGAUCAUUUGCACAGGUUUAGGAUCUUCUCUCAAGAAGGAAUAGAGAUUCAGGAGGAAGACCUCUUUUACAUCAGAUCGAAAGAUGUCCUCUAUCUGGAACUUAAUAAGAAUGAUUUUAAUUACGGUCAAAUUUUGGAUCAGUUCAGGAUCCUCCAAAAGAUCGGUCAAGGAGGAUUUGGUAGCGUUUACAAGGUUGAAGACCGCCACUCAGGCCAAGUAUACGCUAUGAAGACUAUAAAGACAGGAGCUUACAUCAAUAAGGCUGAUACUAUUGAAAAUCUCUUCAGGGAGCAAUAAAAAUGCUGAAGAAGCUUAAUCAUAGGAAUAUUAUCAA